AUGGGCUACGACCAUGCCCAACAGAAGGAGUUGCAUCCUCCAGACACCGGCUCCAACUCCAGUUCGGCCGGGACGGCGAGCGCAAGUGACAGCGCCUUGCAUAAGGAGGGCGAUGGGCCAAGAGAGAGCAAUCAGUCUAUAGUCACAGAGGGCGACAGUGAGGGCCGAGAAGAAGAAGAGCGUAAACGUUCACACAGAAAACAUCAUCAUGAAGUACCCAAGUUGAGGUUCCGGGCGGCUGAUGAUGACCUGCCCACGGACUGGUGGUUUGCGUCGACUGCCAUACCUCUGCUGGCUGCUACUUUUGCUCCCAUGGCAAACAUGAUUUCCAUCGAAGCCUUGGUCGUCCCUUGGAGGAACAAUGUCGUCGACCCAGACAAUCCUGUACUAUAUCAAGCCACUUCGGUCGGGUACCCGGAUCCGUCAUGGUGUAUUGCUCUCAACAUUGCCUCUCUUGUCUGCGGGUUUGUGGGAAAUUUUUUCUUGCUGCUGAAUUUUACAAAACGCGUUCGUUAUAUUGUUGCUCUUCCGGCGACCAUCGUUUUCUUUUACAUCGCCGCCGGUAUUUUGACCGGCAUUACCGUUUCCAUGUACCUUCAUUGUCCACCGGGGCAUAACCAAGUCUACUCGCAGGGAUUUUGGAACGCCGUUCUUGCUGCUUGCCUCUACAUGUUCAAUUCAAUGAUCCUGAUGGUCAACAUGGCGGGCUAUUUUCUGGGUCACUACCCUCAACACUUUACCUUGACCGACGAACAGCGUAACCUGAUCCUUCAGACCAUGAUGUUCUUCAUCUGGCUCGCAGGUGGAGGGGGCGUCUUCGCGAGGAUCGAAGGCUGGGAUUAUCCAGACGCAGUAUAUUUUUGCGACGUCACCAUCCUGACCGUUGGCUUUGGAGAUUUCUAUCCCACGAACGAUCUCGCGCGAGGCCUCGUCUUUCCUUUCUCGGUGGGUGGCAUCAUCAUUUUGGGUCUCAUGGUCAGCUCCAUCCACAAGUUCGCCGGGGAACUCAGCACCCUCAACGUGCUCCGCAAACAUGUCGAGAAUAGACGCAUCAACACUCUGUCCAGGGUCGUCACUGUCGAGGACAACGCAGACGAGGACUCCCGACGACAGGACCUUGAGAAGGAGGUUGAGAAGGACUUGAACCAGGGUCGAAAGAUAUCGAUCUCUGCCCCAAUACCUGAUCCUCGGAUUGAGAGGGACCUGGAUCGUGAGGCGCAUGGUGGUAUAGAAACGAGUUCAACGUCUCGAGACAAUGACCAAGACCAACAGACUACUGGGCGGCAAAUUGAGUUCGAGGAUCCGAAGGUUGAGAAUCUCAGGCAAGCCGAUGGAAGUGAACCUCACCCUCGGCAAUUUUUGAAUCACGACUUUCACAGAGGUCCCAUUCAUGCUACGUUGAGACUGCUGGCCAAGCCGGUCUACGGACUGGCAAGAGCAAGGAGCAGGAACCAUAAAGUCCUCCUCAUGAGGGAGGAGAAGGAUAAAUUUAACGCCAUGCGUGCUAUCCAGGAAGACGCGAAGAAGUUCAAGAAGUGGUUUGCCCUUUUUGUGUCAAUGAUUGCCUUUGGCACCCUUUGGUGCAUGGGCGCAGUUGUCUUCUGGCAGGCAGAGAAACGUACUCAAGGCUUGAGUUAUUUCGAAGCCCUUUAUUUCUGCUAUGUGAGCUUGCUCACCAUCGGCUAUGGCGAUCUUAGUCCCAAGAGCAACGCCGGCAAACCCUUCUUCGUGGUAUGGUCGUUGAUUGCAGUACCGACUAUGACGAUCCUGGUCUCUGAUAUGGGCGAUACGGUUAUCUCCAGCUUCAAGCGAGGUACUUUCAUUCUUGGCGACAUGACUGUUUUGCCAAAGAAGGGUCUCUGGCACGAUCUGCUCAAAGCGAAUCCCUGGCUGUACAAUUGGAUGAACAAACGUGUGGAGAAGCAUCGACGAAAGAAAGGUCUGCCACUUUGGCCAGCUGGACAGAAUCUUUCACCGGCCGCGAGCAUCGAGGAGCUUGCCACUGAAGAUCUCACCGAGGCGGAUUUGACUCAGCGCUUAGCAUGGGCAAUUCGUAGGGCCGCAGAUGAUCUGCAGCACGCACCACACAAGCGCUACAGCUAUGAGGAGUGGGCCGAAUUCACUCGGCUUAUUCGCUUCACCAGGAACGGUCUCGAGCAGCUACAGUGCGACGAAGAGACCGAUGGCGUGGUGGAUUGGGACUGGCUCGAAGAAAGCAGUCCCAUGCUGAGUGGUCAGACCGAGUCCGAAUGGAUCCUUGAUAGAUUGUGCGAAAGUCUCCUCCGCCUGCUGAAGAAAAAUAUGAUGGGCUUUGACACGGCGCUGGGCCCUUCUGCAACGAACAUUUCCACCUACUCACUCUCACGACAGGCUACGAGGGAAGAAUCGGCAGAUGCAGCAAACGUCAGACAAGACAAGGGCAAAGUUGCAGAGCCCACGAUUCCAAACGAGCGACAAGAGCGCCAACGACGCGCUUCUGGCGCCGAUGCUGUCUUGGCCUUCUUCACUGGCGAGCGUCAAGGCGAAGGCAAACAUGAGACGGAUGUGCCACAAUGGAGCUCACGCGCCAAAACCAAAGCAAAAGAACUGCGUGGUAGCGAUUCGCGCAAGAAGCGACGUGGCCCCUUCAGCAGACUCGAAGCGCGAGUGACUGGCACUGUCGGUGGUGGCCGUGGUGGCGCUGGUAUGCGCACGCUCAAGAUGAGGCAUAUGAGUAACAAUGCCAGGUCAGCGGAAUGA